AUGAACUUUCCCACUUUUGUUCUUAUUUUGUUCGGGUUCUUUUGGUUAAUAUCACCUGCGAUUGCUAUCAAAAAGUCCUAUAUUGUGUUAUUAGGAUCUCAUGCACAUGGUUUAGAAGUUUCAGCCGUAGAUCUUCAAAGAGCGGUCGAUUCCCAUCACAAAUUGCUCGGAUCCUUCUUGGGGAGUUCUGGGAAGGCAAAAGAUGCCAUUUUUUACUCUUACAAGAACCAUAUAAAUGGGUUUGCAGCCAUUCUAGAUGAGGAGGAGGCCACCAAGCUUGCAAAGCACCCGGAAGUAGCAGCAGUGUUGCCAAACAAAGCGAAAGAAUUACACACAACUCGUUCAUGGGAGUUCAUGCACUUGGAGAAGAAUGGUGUUAGUCCCCCUUCUUCUCCUUGGAGGAAGGCUAAAUCAGGACGAAAUGUUAUUAUCGCCAAUCUUGACACUGGUGUAUGGCCGGAGUCCAAGAGUUUUGGAGAACAUGGCAUAGUUGGAGGUGUGCCAUCGAGGUGGAAAGGAGGCUGCACGGAUAAAACCCCUGAUGCAGUGCCUUGUAACCGAAAAUUAAUCGGAGCAAAAUAUUUCAAUCACGGGGUAAUUGCGUACUUGAAAUCUGAAAAUUUAACGAAAGAACUCUCAUUCAUCGUCAACUCCACGCGCGACUACGAAGGUCAUGGAUCCCACACGCUGUCGACGGCCGGUGGUAGCUAUGUCUCCGGCGUUAGUGUAUUUGGGUCCGGUAUCGGAACUGCCAAGGGCGGCUCUCCCAAGGCCCACGUCGCUGCCUAUAAGGUCUGCUGGCCGCUCCACGACACUGGUGGCUGCUUUGACGCCGACAUUGCCAAGGCAUUUGAUCAUGCCAUCCACGAUGGCGUCGACGUCCUUUCGCUUUCCCUCGGCAGUCCACCUGCUGAAUACUAUGAUGAUAUCAUUGCCAUUGCUUCCUUUCAUGCACUGAAGAAAGGAAUCCCUGUUGUGUGCUCCGCCGGCAACGAUGGCCCGAGCAUGGCGACUGUUUCUAAUACUGCUCCGUGGAUUUUGACGGUCGGAGCUAGCACUUUGGACCGUGAAUUUCAAGCCCCCAUUGAGCUUAGAAAUGGGAAACACUUCAAGGGGUCGAGCCUUUCGGGACCAUUAUCGGGAAGAAAGCUAUACCCAUUGAUAACCGGAGCUCAGGCAAAAGCGACGACCGCCUCUACUGACGAUGCCAUGCUCUGCAAGCCGAAAACUUUGGAUCAUUCUAAAGUGAAAGGGAAGAUCUUGGUUUGCUUGAGAGGGGAUUCUUCGAGAGUUGACAAAGGAGUGCAAGCCCUCCUCGCUGGUGCUGUCGGAAUGAUUCUCUGCAACGAUAGGCUUAGUGGAUUUGAGAUCAUCGCCGAUCCCCAUGUUCUUCCAGCUUCCCAUAUCAGUUACAACGACGGCCAAGUUGUUUCCUCGUACAUCAAUUCCACGAAAAAUCCAAUGGGGCAUUUGAUCCCGCCGUUGUCUAAAGUUAAUACCAAACCUUCUCCGACAAUGGCGGCUUUCUCAUCUAGAGGACCCAACAUGGUUUCACCGGAAAUUAUCAAGCCGGAUGUGACAGCGCCGGGAGUGAACAUAAUUGCGGCAUUCUCCGGCGCCGUGAGCCCAACAGGGGAGCCAUUUGACAAUAGAACAGUUCCAUACAUAACAAUGUCAGGGACCUCGAUGUCCUGUCCCCAUGUCUCUGGCAUUGUCGGCCUCCUUAAAGCUCUCCACCCGAAAUGGAGCCCUGCCGCCAUCAAAUCCGCCAUAAUGACCUCCGCCAGAAUUCGUGACAACACAAUGAACAUCAUGCUCGACGGCGGCUCCCCUAUCUUCGCUCCAGCCACCCCCUUCAUAUUUGGGUCAGGGCACAUUCGCCCCACUGGAGCCAUCGACCCCGGCCUUGUCUACGACCUUUCCCCCAAUGAUUACUUGGAAUUCCUCUGCGCUAGUGGCUACAAGGAGAAGAACCUUCGAGUAUUCGCUGAUGGCAAUUUCAAAUGCCCUAUUUCUAGUUCUAUUUUGAACUUUAAUUACCCUUCAAUUGGGGUUCAGAACUUGACGGGCAAUGUCACCCUUACUAGAAGGUUGAAGAAUGUUGGCAGGCCGGGGGUUUACAGAGUCAGGGUUCAGCAGCCGGAAGGAGUUAAGGUUUCGGUGAAGCCAAGCGUUUUGAAGUUUAAGAAGAUUGGAGAGGAGAAGAGGUUUGAAUUGACCAUGAUCGGAGCUAUGGCGAAUAGUCAAAUUGGUUACGGCACGCUGAUUUGGACCGACGGCAAGCACUUUGUUAGGAGUCCAAUUGUAGUUUCUUCCGGCUUUUUCUGA